AUGGCUGACACCGAGAACCCGCUCGCGCCCGCUGAGGAGCAGGACCCGCAUUUCGAGCCGGUCAUCCAGCUGACGGAGCAGGUCGAGACCAAGACGAACGAGGAGGACGAAGAGGCGAUCUUCAAGAUGCGCGCAAAACUGUUCCGCUUCGACUCUGGCUCGAACGAGUGGAAGGAGCGCGGGACGGGCGAGGUCCGUCUGUUGCAGCACAAGCAGACGACCAAGGUCCGCCUCGUCAUGCGCCGCGACAAGACCCUCAAGGUCUGCGCGAACCACCUCAUCUCGUCCGAGAUGAAGCUGCAGCCCAACAUCGGAUCCGAUCGUAGCUGGGUCUGGAAGGUCGCCGCCGACUACUCCGAGACUCCCGCCACGUCCGAGACGCUCGCGAUCCGCUUCGCCAACUCUGAGAACGCCGGCCAGUUCAAGGCCAAGUUCGAGGAGGCUCAGACCAACAACGCCAAGCUCACUGGCGAGACUGAGCCGGCGAAGGAGGCGGCUGAGGAGACCAAGGCCGAGGAGGCCACCGCUCCUGCCGAGCCCGCAGCAGAGGAGAAGAAGGAAGAGACUCCCGCCGCUGCUGAGGAGAAGAAGGAAGAGGCCACCGCCUAG